AUGGUGAAAUCUUCUUCACCUUCCUUUCAUAAACUCAGAAACAGCAACAAAUACCAACAACAAUGGUAUUCUGAAUAUGAUGAGAAAGGAUAUGUUCACAAAUGUGAGUAUUGUCACAAAGUAUUCUCCACAGGCCAAGCACUCGGUGGCCACAAGACCUCUCAUCGCUCCAACAAACAGAUACGUGAUGAUCAUCAUCAUGUUAAUAAAGUUUAUAAAACUAUGAAGGUCACUUUUUCUUUAUCGUGUUCUCCAAGUAAUCAUAAUAAUGAUGUUGGUGCCAAACCGAUAAGACAUUCAUGGACUAGGGUUUUCAAGACUACUGUUCAUCAUCCUCCUACUGCAUCAACCUUCAAACCUAACGAACAACAAGAGUUACCAGCUGUUGACUUGUUAAGCUUGCUUCCGCCAAGAUUGUAUACUACAAAGAAAAGGAGCAGGAGAUAUCUUAUUCAUCAUGGAGUCGCUAAUAAUACUGGUGUUGAUGAAACAGUGGUGAAGGAGGAGAAGAACCUAAAGGAAGGUGAAACAGUAUUAGGUCCAAGAGGUUUUCAAACCCUUGAUUUGAAUGAGCUUCCGACGAAUGAUGUUGAAAGAGAAUUAGGGCAAAGAGUUGUUUGUAACUUCGAUUUGAAUGAGAUCCCAACAAAUGACGUUGCUGAUUAA